GAGGAGCACUUCGAAGUGCCCAGCUGUCUUCCCCCCAAAAUAAAAACUGGCAGUGUGCGGGCCAGGUCCUGCGCUCCGGAUCCGCCAGCCGGUGCGGAUCACGUACCCUCCGGAGUCUCAGCUUCUCCAGCUGUGCGGGAGCACAGGGAGGGUGGGUGGAGGCCGCCGGGCACCCAGCCCGGCCCCGCCCGGUUUCCGAGGAACUGGGCCUGGAGUCAGGCGUUCCUCCCGCGCCGCCCGAGGGUUCCUUUGAAGCCUGUGGUCAGCGCGCUGUUUCCUGAGAAGCCCAAGCCAAGAGCCGCACGACGGCCAGCCGGGAGGGGCCGGCCGGGCCCCGGGGGCCGGGCAGCGGUCCCGAGGGAGGCUGAGGUCUCGGGGCGCCGGGGGCGAGGUGCAUGCCCGCGGCGGGGAGGCGGCGCCAUCCCGGGGCUACCUGGAGGGAGCUGGCUGCAAGGGAGGAGGACGCGGACCCCUGGAGGGAGGGGGGCGUGUCAGCGGCGGUGCAAGCCCUCAAGGCCGGACUGCAGGGGACCUGGCGCCAAGGUAGCCCGCGCCCUAGUGCGGGCGGCAGGUCCUAAGGGGGCGUCUGAGGAGGGCCCGAGGGCUCCGGGAUGCCGCCAUAGCCCCCGCAUGCAGGGGUGUCCCGACAGGUGCGAGGCGCAGCCAGGGGACAGGCGCUCCCGCGUAGGGUCGGCGAAGCAGAAGGGGCGCAAGAGCACAGAAAGAGAAACUGAAAGCGAAGGCGGGGCCUGGGGGCGGGGCUUCCGCGCGGCCCCGCCCCCAAACCAGUUUAAAAGCCUGGUGCAGGGGCGGGCGGCAGCAGAGCGAGCUGCGGCCGUGGCAGCUGCACGGCUGCCGGCCCCGGAGCAUGCGCGAGAGCCGCCCCGGAGCCCCCCGCCGCCCCGCCCGCGGCGUCCCGCGCCCCGCCGCCAGGCGCCAGUCCCCAGCAUGGCCAGCAGGCGGCGGCCGCGGGCCGGACGGCUGGAGUCGGACCGGCUUCUCGGGCGCCUCUCCACGCCCCCUCCGCACGCCCGGGAGGCUGGAUUCUCCCAGCCUCCUGGAAAGGGCUCCGCGGACGGGAAAGGCCCAUUUUCCAGAUGA